CAGUUCAAGGGCUGUAUGAUGAAAAGCUUGUGAUCAAAGCUGUGUGAAGCUGACAAGCAGAGGAGGUGUUCAGUGUCAGUGGACAGAGGAGGAUCUCUGAAAUAGGUACUGUCAGUGAAAGUGUACUUAGUGCAGGCUACAAAAAUCUGUUAUUUGUUGUUGUCUCUCAUUAUGACGCAUUUCGACCAGGCGUACCAGAAGAAUGUGACAAACAAAUCAAUAAUAAACCAUCAUUCCAUCUAAUGACCCUGCAGUGUUAAAAUUAGUUGUUGACCAUCAAGCAAGCAGUGGAAAUAUCAAGACACACGAUCCAGGAAUAGCUGCACGCUUCCAGCUGCCACCUUUGUGUGAAAAUCUGUCCUGGACACAUGAGCAGCCGUGUAGGGAGAUGAGAUCUGCAGCCUCUCCCAUACAGAGGGAAGAGAUAGCUGGGAUCUACAAGGACAUUCCAGGAUGUGUAGUCCUUCUUGCAGAAGUUCGAGUCCAUUCUCUCUCACAGACCUCGACAUGUGGGACGCCAAAUCUCGCAUCACAGCCCAGACAUCAGCAUGGUGCGGUAUGGCAACUGUGUCUGGAUCAGGGUUUAUGUCCAAAGUGAACACAAGUAGCACUGGUGGCUUUAGAUCGAACGAGCUGGGUCUACGGAGGUGGCAGUCGUUGUCCCACCUGGCUCCUGAGAGUCCACGAUCCUUUCCUCCACUGGGGGCUGAAUUAAGAGCUGCCCGAGGUGAAAGCAGCUUUAGACAGGCUGAAGCAGCGGAAUGGCUGCAGGGUGCUCAUGAGCGAAUAGACACUCAUCUAGACAGGCUGAAGACCAGAGACACACAGCUGAGCUACAACAUCAGUACUGCACAGCUGCUUGGCAUGAAACACAAGCAGCUCUCAGAGGUGAUGAGCACUCUUGAGCAGGAGAAGGAGGCAGCUGAAUUACCCCGGUUUGAAAAGAGCCAACAGUAUGGAGGGCUCCAUGAGAAGGUCCUAAAGCUGGAGAAGGACCUGCUGCAAAUGAGGUCUAGUUUGAACAACAACCAGCCAACUGAACGAGCUCCUGGCUCCAGCAGAGGAUUACCAGUGGGUCAAGACUCUAACAGGCAGCAGACAGUUGACCCAGAACUUUACAAGCUGAGAGAAGCUCUGAGAGAGGCUGAGACAAGAGCAAAGGCACAAGAAGAAGAGAGAAGUAAGGCACUCCAACAUCUCCAGACUUCUACAGAGACACAGAAGACGCUACUUAAUCAAAUAGAGGAGAUGAACAAGAAGCUUUGCCAGACUGUACAGAAUCACUCUGAAGUGCAAGAACAGCUGAGCGAAGCCAACAACAAGAUCAGUCAAGCCUGUCUGGACAAAGCCAUCUUAUCAACCCAAGUGUUAAAGCAAGAGGACAACAUAAAGGAACUGAAAGCCAAACUGACAGCAGCUCUGUCUGACAAAGAUCGCCUGAUUCAGGAGAAAGCAGAUCUUCUCCAGAAGGCUCAGCUGCUGGAGAUGCAGCUGAAGAGGACUCAACAUGGUUCAUGUUCGCUUCAUGACCAUCUGACUAAUGAAGAGCCUCCCAACAAUAAUCAGGACAAAAACUGUGUCCUAAUGAAUGAAGAGUCAAGAACUCUCAGAGAGGUUAAUGAGAAGCUGAGAGGAGAGCUUGAAAUGAUCAAGCAGAUGCUGGAGAUAUCAAAGCAUCAGCUACGGGAGCUAACAGAAGAGAAAAUCCUGAACAACAAACAGAUCACAGAUCUGGAGGCAGAAGAGGAACGAACAAAGUUGAAGGAGAAGUACUGCCAGAGCAGGGAAUCUGCCAAAGUGUUGGAAUUAGAAAACCAGAAACUACAGGAUCAGUGCCUGCGAUUGGAGGCUGAGGUGCUUGAGAAGGAGAAGAUGCUUCACCUGCAGGAUGAAGAGUAUUGUAAACAAGAUGUAGUGAGAGUCCAGAGCAUCGAGGAGCUGAAAGCCAUGACGUCACACUGGACUGAAAAAUGGCAAAAGGCAGCUUUGACCCUGCAGUCCACACAAGAGGAGUUAGAGGAGUUAAAGAAGAGCAGCUCCAGAAAUGAAAAGGAAUGUGACUCACUGCUGAUGGAAGAGCUUGAUGCCUGUAAACAGGAGCUGCAGCUGGAAAGAAGCAGGAUCCAGGCACUGCUACAUAAAUAUGAGGACAAAGGUGGUGACGCUGUGCAGACUCAGGAUAAACAGACAGGGACAGACUUAUCAGAAUCCUCUUUGUCAUGGGAGUCACCAUGGGACACCCAGACGAGCCAGAACACGUCCCCUCAGGCAUGUAUACAAAACAGAGAGGUUCAAAGGCUGAAGCAAAAACUUGCAGACAGAGAGAAGGACCUCAGCGAAAAAGAACAUGCUUUAAAGACUCUGGAGAGGCUGAGAGAGAUGGAAAAAACCGAGGCUCAUGCCAAGAUUUCUGCUCUGGAGCACAAGAUACAGCUCAUGAAAAAGAUCUCUGAAGAUGGAGACGUAGAUGUGAGCCUCCAAGCUGACAUCUCGAACACUGACUCUCUAUGUGUCCAGCCAAUUGAGAGCAGGAGAACAGAGAAGCAGCUGCAGCAGGAGGAAUCGCUGGCAGUCCAGAAGCUUCAAGCACUCAGGCAGCUUUACUCGGUUAAAGAUGAGAAACCAUCUGUUGAAGACAGGAAGGAUAAAGCUGUCUGUCCGGUUAAUCUAGAGGCGGAUCAGCAAAGGAGAAUGGUCACUGAGCAGUUAAAGAGCUUGUUUAAGGAGCGUGAAGGAAAGGAGGGAGGAAAGGUUGGCAACACAUCAGCAGCAGCUCAGACUGGAGCCUCCUCACCUCAAGACAGAGCUUCCACCUCUAAGGCUGUUAGGCCUGCAGCGAACAGGAGAACCUGGCCGCAGUGCUCGGGUUUGAUGCCCGUGUUCGAGGAGGAUGAAGAGACCAGCGACGGUACAGGAGACGAGGAGGCAACAGAAGAGACCGAUGAAGAGGAAAGCCUCCCCAACUAGAGACACCAGGUUAUAAAUGCUUUAAAGUCUGACCAAAGUCCAUAAAAGAUCACCCUAAACAUGCAUGCUGGAGUCUGGUUUGUCCACAUCAACUGUUGUCUAUCAGUCUUAUUGAUAGGAACACAAAGACUUCAGUCAACUCAGAAGAUCAUCUUCCCUGUAUAAUGGCCAAGCUCUAUCAUAAACGACAGAUUAGAAUCUGCAACUGAUUCAGCUGAAUAUGAUUAGCAGUGUAAUUGUGACAUGUAGGCUAUCUCAUGAAAUUAAGAGAACUAACCCUGCUUUCAUUCCAUGUACACACACAUAUGUGCAGACUGCACUAAUCCCAGCUUCUGCUUUAAUCAAAGAGCAUCCAGUAGAUGAGGAGGGGUGUCAGUCUGGCUGUGUAACCGUUUUAAUGUCUAUGUGAAACGCAUUUCAGCAAUAGUCUUAAAUAUGACUUUGUAACUAAUCGGAUAUGAAACUGAGAAGAGAAGCGCUUUGUUGGACACAUCUGACUCAGCCGUAAGAGAACAGGAAUGAGUUAUAGUAUGUUACUGUUAUACUAAAGGUUUUUGACUGCAGCAAUAUCACAAGAGAAACCAAUAGCCAGUAAUCAGUAGCAUUACUGUAGCAUUUGAAUUUAAAAUGACAUUAAUGUUGUGCUAUUGCUGCUGGUAGGAAGGAUAGGCAAAACUGAACUAAGAUAGUACAGGUACAAAACUACAGUACUAUAUGUCUGAGACCUACAGCACGCAGUAGCAAAUAUGAAGUCAGAGAUCUGAAGCUGUUCUCUCCUCUGUCAGAUGUCAGCUAUGACUGUAGAAAUCAGCAAUCUGAACGAAACAAAAGACAGUCUGCUGCAAGGUGAAUUUCAAAAGAGUGUCAUCAGUAGUGUAGAUCUGUCUGUGCUGUGAGUUGUGGUUAUAGUUUGAGAAGACUCUGGGGUUGCUUUCUUUCUCUUAGAUAAGGACAUUUCCACAAAUGGUGAUGCCUUAACAGACUAACAGAUAUGGAGCAUGUUAUUUGACCCUCAUGUUGUCCUGCAGGUCAAAUUGACCUGUUAUAAAGUUUAAAAAUGUGGGAAAAAAUAUACAUUUUCACAGUGAAACUUCUGAUGUCCACAUUUUAAACAUUUAGGGGAAAUUUUUGAACAUUUUUUGGUGGAAAAAAGAAAUGCUAAAAAAAAUUUCUUUAGAACAUUCACAAAAAAAAAAUCAACCAAAAUCCAGCAAAUUUCACUGGAUUUUGGUUGAUUUUUUUAAUGAAUGUUCUUAAAGAAAAUAUUAGAAAUUUUACUGAUAUAUAUAUGUAAUCACUCUAGAUAUUUUAAAGAUUUUUUUGAGAUUUUUAUAAAUUUUUUUGAAAAUAUUUACAAGAAUUUUCUUGUCAAAUUUGGGGAUUUUUUUUUAAUUUUUAAGGAAAACUUUUAAGGAAUUACUGGAAUUUUCUUCCUUAAAGUUUUGCAAAUUUUUAAAAAUUUGGGGAAUUUCUUUUGCUUUUUUUUUUUUUUUUUUUUUUUUUUCAGACAAGCAAACUAUAUUUUUUGGUGCCCGUAAAUGAAAACAAUAGGAGGGUUAAUAAAAAUAGCAAGCUACUUUAAUACUGAUAAUCAUCAUGGAAGGAGAAAUCCCUGGUUUGAUUCAUUUUUCCUUCUGAAUCUUUAUUUGCUUCCUAUCUUCAGUAUGUGUAGUGCACUUGAUAGAUUUCCCAUUUGGAAAUGUCAUCAGUGUUCUAAUUGUCUUUGUUCGUCUUGAUGAAGCUUUAAGGUUUAAGCAGCCAAUCCAGAACACUGCAGAAAAAGCAGCAAAGUCUUCUUCCUAUUCAGAUGAGUGUGACCUGCAGUGGAGGCAGAUACCUCCCCUCUAUCCUGAUGGUCUAUUCCUGGCUGAGGUUGUUGAUAUCUGCAGCCCUGAUGAAGAUGAAGAGGAGGUCAGGGUGUUAAAUGCUGAGUUGUGUAAAGACCUCUGAACUGGCUAUAAAUAAAUCUUGACAUGAACUGGUCAUUACACAGAGCUGCACCUGCCAGAUGUGUGACUGUUAGUUUAUAACGUGCUUUUUCACUCAAAUGAAUCACAAUGACUAAUUUACUUGCCUAUGCUUUGACCCUUGAAUAAAAAGCCUGUGAUGUUUUGGAAGUCAAUCUAACAGAAAAUUAUUAAAUGAAGUAAAGUCAAGCACAACAGCAGCAAUUUAUACUUCAAACAUGAUAUUAAUAAAUGCCACCAAGCUA